CCUUGUCCAUCCCCUCUUCUCGGUGUUAUUUUUUAAUCACCUUGUUUUAUUUUUAUUUAUAUGAUUGGUUUAUUUUAAAUGGUAAUAUAUCGUAGUAAAUGAAGGGAAAUACGAAAAAAUGUGAAGAGUUGUGUUGAGGACGGGUUGUAGACCAGAACAACAGAUAUUACUUAAUAUAUUAAUGAUAUCGUCUGUUUCUUUUAUUUUGUUUAUUGUUUAUAAUUUGCUGACUACAAGAGUAGAUAACAAUAGUGUGGAGAACAUUUAUGAAUAGUAAGGAUGGAGGGGAGCCAAGGUGGAGAAACUAUAAGUGACAUACACAACUACCUCGACACAUUUAAUAAAGAGAUCCAGACGGGGGAUCAAGCACCCACAGCCGAUGUAGCUCAAGUUUUUGUAGAUGAAUCUGGUCAAUACUUCUACCAAAAUGUUGAUGGCAGUCAGCAACAGAUGGUAGUGGUGUCGUCUGAUGGGACAGAUGGCUCAGAGGGGGAAGGUGGUGGUGCCGAUGGCUCUGUAAUGUUGAAUGCAGAGGAAGAUUCACUCAAUGAUGAUGGAGACAGUUUAUCCCAGGGUCAGGUGGCCCUGGGCGAGGAUGGGACACUGCAGGUUAUACCCGGUAUGGAACAAGGGGAAGGCAAUAACCAGGUUGUGCUUAAUACAGGAGAUAAUAAUCAAAUAGUAACUAUCGUCCCAUCAUCCACGAACCCGGGUGAAGUGAGUUAUGUUUUGAUCGUCGAACAGUCUGGUGACAACGACAAAGACGAUACUGUAUAUGAUUUCAACGAAGCGGAUGAAGGCCUUAGCUAUGAAUCGGGGGAAGAAGAUGACAAGAAGAUGAUGCGUAUUAUUCACAAAAAAUCACAAACAGUUACUCAAGCCCACAUGUGUAACUAUUGUAACUACACCAGUCCAAAAAGAUACCUACUUUCAAGACACAUGAAAUCUCACAGUGAAGAGCGGCCGCAUAAAUGUUCUGUCUGUGAACGAGGGUUCAAAACUUUAGCUUCUCUCCAAAACCACGUUAACACACACACAGGCAUCAAACCUCAUCGAUGCAAGUUUUGUGAAAGCACGUUUACUACAUCUGGUGAGCUUGUUCGACAUGUUCGCUACAUACACACCCACGAAAAGCCUCAUAAGUGUCCAGACUGUGAUUAUGCCAGCGUAGAACUUAGCAAAUUGAAGCGUCACAUGCGUUGUCACUCUGGAGAGCGACCGUAUCAGUGCCCACAUUGUACUUACGCCAGUCCUGACACCUUCAAGUUGAAGAGACACUUAAGGAUUCACACGGGAGAAAAGCCAUAUGAGUGCGAGAUCUGUCGUGCACGUUUUACGCAGUCAAACUCUUUGAAGGCUCACAAAUUGAUACACACAGAUGUUGCAUCAGGGAACAAGCCGGUAUAUGCCUGUGAGCUCUGCCCAACGACGUGUGGCCGCAAGACUGAUCUCCGAAUACAUGUGCAGAAGCUUCAUACCUCUGACAAACCUCUGAAGUGCAAGAAAUGUGGCAAGGCCUUCCCUGAUAGGUACACAUUCAAACAGCACAACAAGUCUCAUGAGGGAGAGAAGUGUUUCAAGUGUGACCUGUGUCCUUAUGCUUCAACUUCUGCAAGACAUCUAGAAUCCCACAUGCUUGUACACACGGAACAGAAGCCUUACCAGUGUGAUCAGUGUGACCAGGCUUUCCGUCAAAAGCAGUUGCUGAAGAGGCAUCAAAAUCUUUACCACAACCCAGAAUACAUCCCCCCCAUGCCCAGAGAGAAGACGCAAGAAUGUCCAGAGUGUGGGAAGGCAUUUAGGCAUAAAGGUAACUUGAUUAGACAUAUGGCCAUCCAUGAUCCUGAUGCCUCUGCACAGGAAAAGGCACAAGCACUGAAGAUUGGAAGACAAAAAAGAUUACAGCUUAUUAAUGGUCAACAAGUUGAGAUGUACACCGGAGACGUUGAUGAAGAUGAGAUUAUGGCUGUGGAGGGUCAGGAUGGUAACCAGUAUGUGGUCCUUGAGGUCAUACAGCUUCAGGAUGGCGAAAGUCACAUGAUGAUGUCAGAUGGGAUACCAGUAACGGACGGUACUCUAGAAACGGCAGUAGGCGGAGUUUUAGGGUCCUCACCUCUUAUGGUUCCGGAGACUAUAACGGGUGAUACAAUUACUGGAGAUACCAUAGGCCCAGUAGAUGGAGCCUGUUUAGUAUCAGAAUCUUCCCUCCUGGAACUCCAGCACAAGAAAACGGAAAUGAAAACAGAAAUUAGUGCCGAGGCCAAGAAGGAGGCUCAGAAAGAAAUGGAAACCUGCUUUGGUUUUGAUGAUGAGGAUGAAGGACAAAUUCACCUUCAGUUUGGAGAAUGAAGAAGAGACAACUAUGGAGUUAAUGUUAAAUAUAUACAUAAAAUGUGUAUGUCCAGAUGAGAUUUCUCUUUGAAGUCAUAUGCUAAUUUUGUGACAUUUGUGCUGUGAUUUAAUUUUUUUAAACCUUCUUCAUUUUGUUGACAUGACAGGCAGAAUCAAAGUCUGCUUCAGCUUUAGAGAAAGGAUUUGUCUUAAUGGUGUGACUAGGUAGCUUAACACCAGCCAUGGUCAACCCACUUCCUGCCUGCCACUGGAGGAACACGGCUGGUGUCUCUCUCCCACCUUUCCUGGUUUCAGAUUCUCAAAGACUUAUUAAUUAAAUUUCUUCCACUGUAACUGUGUAUGUGAGAACCCAUCUAGCAACAGUGCAGUUUUAGUGCAAUUUUGGUCAGGCAGGUGCAUUCUCAGAUGGCCAGUUCAGGGUUAAGUUUUAAUAAAUGAACCUUUGACAACUUAAAUCUUGAACUGUAGUCACUCUUACAGAUUCCCUAGUAGUCUGCAUCAUAAGUGAAACCAAAUGGAUUUAUGCUUCUGUGAAUUAUAAGUUUGCCUCUGUGAGGCAUUGUACGGUGUUAACUGAAGGUAGGCUGUAUAACCUAUUGCUGUGACCAAAGCUCCAUGAUGAUGUGGGUCUGGUCCACAGUUUGCACAUCUUACCACUUCUUGUUGUUUCAUUUGUAAAUAUCUUAAAAUAUUUAAAUAA